AUUGCUUAAAAAUGAAAUCUUAAAAAAAGAAAGAAAAGAAAGAAAAAGGAAAACAAGCACUUCAACUUGGACCUUAGAAUAUAUCUACUUUUCUUAGAGCCUAGUCAAGAAAGAGAGGAUAUUAGGACCCUAGUGGUGGUGAUAGUACAGUGUCUCCUAUCUUGUGGCUUAAGUUACAAUUGAGAAGCAAAAGGAUUUUCUAUUGGCUGGUCACUGAGCCCAGCAUGUCUUUUUAGGGGUUAUUUCAUCAGCCCUCGUUCACCCCCUUACACAGGUGGUAGUAUCCACAUUUUACAGGAAAGGAAACAGAAUCAUCUAGCAAGUUAGUACUUAGCUAUGAAUUUCUUAGAGCUGGGAAUUUGAACCUAGGCCUACUCUACUGAAAGCUCUGCUCCUUCCUGAGGCCAGUUUUUCCUCUGGAGCAGAAGAAAAUGAAGGCCUGAUUUUUCCAACAUAUGCAAGAAGUUUAAAAAAGAAAAGGCUCCUAGAAGUAAAUAUGCUAGGUUCUGUCAAGCCUCUCUGUCAGCAGCCAUCAGACUAAACAGCUGCCUUUCUUGCCGCGGAGCAGAUCAGUUUCAGGAAUUUGGUUUGCUUGGAUUUCAUGAAUUUUAUUCUUGCUUGGGCCUUGGGGUGUGCAUCUGGAAAGUUCCAUGGUUCCAGUCCUCUUUGUUGGAGGAAUGAAGGCCUGAUGCCUGCCUAGAGAAUUAUACUGUAAUGUCAGGGGUUUUUGGUGAUUCAGUGGUAUCCUGUAGUCUGAUUGAGUUUCUCUCCCAUGCUGGUCUCCUCGUCUGGUUUCUUGCUGUCCUUUAUGAUCACCAUGAGAUGGUGCUGCCGCUUCACACCCGCUGCAGGGAAAGGCUUGGGGAGAAACACCUACCGCAGUGGAGGCAGACGGGUGCAGGGUCUCAGGAGCAGUCAUGUAGGAGCUAUUGCUUUAGGGUGUCUCGCUGCUUUCCUUAUUUGGAGGGCAUUUUUCAGGACUCCAGGAGAGAUUGAGUGGGGCUCACAUAGAACCAGGCAGGCCAUUUCCCUCUGCCCGUGUGGUCUGGAUGCUUUGGGUAUAGAAUAAACAGUGGCAGUAGGGAAGAAACACAUACAACCUCUUCCCACUCCAUCCACAGCCCCUUGGGUUAUGAUGUUGUCUCAUCUGUCAGACACUGUACUAAAAAUUGGGAUGGGUGAAUCCCACUGAUGUAACAGGGUGACUUUUGAAUCCAACUUUUAAAACUUUAAUUCAGACUUCCUACCCUACUGCAACUUGAGUAAAAACCAUCUGGGCCUCAUUUUAUCAACUUCCUCUCUUACUCCCAAUAGCCAGUGUUAACUGUCUGAGCCCUGGGCCCAUGUGAGUCUAGCUGACAAUUCAGAAUAUUGAGUAUCUUCCUGUUUUACUUAAUUGAGAACAGACUCAUCUCUGGCGCAGUUAUAACAUGGGGUUGAAAUGAAAAGUCUUAAAUAGGAGUUCACAUACUAGCUUUUGCCACUUACUGGCUGUGUAGCCCUGAGCAAAUUAAUCAACUUUCUUAAACCUCUGUCUUUACCUGUAGGUUAGUGAUUUUGACCCCCUAUGUUUACUGACAGAAUGAAAUGAGGUAGUACAUAGCUUAGCACAGUGCCUGGCACAUAACAGAUGCGGAAGCAAGUGUUAGCUGGCGGCAUCAGCAGGACUGGCAAAUGGUGUGUCAACUAUUGUUCAGCAGAGGCGGGGCAUCUCUGUUUUAUUCGGAAGUCGUAUCCUUUUUUAUGGAGCUUCCUAACAGUACUCCAGACUGAUUUCGGAGUGUCUCCUCUGUGUCAUUGGCUAACAGAAUUAACAGAUCUCUGUGCUCUCUUUCUCUCAGAGAAGGCAAGGAGGAGGGAAAUAAAUGCUGUAGGAGGCUAGAUCUUUAAAGCCUUGUGUGUCUUAACUGUGAGGAGUAGGCUUGGGUCUCUCUUCAGGUUAUACUUUGUUUAAAAUAAUUUUAUUAUUUCUGACCUGAAAAAUUUGAACAGAUAUGUACAUUGCUUGAUGUUUUCUUUUGGACAUCCUUGCACAGCAGUUGGAAUCUCUUUCCUUUCAGAGGCUGGGGGCAGUGAUAAUGGCAGCAUCCCCAGCCCUGGUUCUUCUUGGCCCUUCCCUGCCCUUUUGGUAGCAGCAGGCUGGUUUCCUUUCCCCUCUUCCUCCUCCUCCUCCUCCUUCCUUCACCGUUACCUUCUUCCAUGGCCUCUCUUGUUUCCCCUCCCUUUUCCCUCUACUCUUACAUCCCACCCCCUCCUCCUCAUCCUCCGUAGGUUUUCCCCUCCCCUGGUUUCCAGCUCCUUUUUGCUUUCUGUUUGUGUUUCUGAGGGCAGUGCUCCAAUUACCUCAUAUUUGGAGAGAGGAAGCUGCAGCCAAUCCGGUUUCUGUCUGCUUUUAGGUCAAGUGAUUUCUGAACUGCAGUGAGAUGCUUUGAAUUUGUCUUGUUGCAGCUCUGAGCCUGUAAGAUGGCUGUCUGAAUCGGCAGCGGCUGGGAGAGGCGGGGAGGGAGGGAGAAAGAAUUGGAGGGAUUGCCGGCAUAGUGCAUGUUUUUAAAUGUGCAUCAAAUCCGAUGAAGCCAACGUUGGGAUUUCUCUGGGAUUCCAGGACCGGCUUAGCUGCGUUUUUGAUGAGAUUAGGAGAGGAAGGCGAUGGGAAAUUCACUGGGCUGUGUUAAGGAGCCGAAAGAUUCACUAGCUAUUCCUGAGAAGGCUCCCCUAUCUCCUAAGAAAAGGGUUCGGUUUAAAAGGAAGUGGAGGGGGAAGAAAACCCCUACUCCAGAGGUAUCUCAUGAGGAAGAACCAUUGGGAGCAACCAGAGUCAUUGAAGAGACGGAAACCCAACCGAAGUUAACAGUGAGUCUCCAAAAGGAAGAAGGAGCGGGAGGGGUAGAGCAUCCUCCUGCAGACAUUUCGCUGCCUCGGAACUCAGCCCCCAACUCAGGGGUGGGCGAUCAGGGCAUGAUCGUGCAGGUGAAGGAGAGAUUCCAGGGGGAGAUCCAGACUGCUCACCUUUUGUUGAAGAAUGAUUCAUCAGUUGCCAGAGGGGUCUGGGAUUCCCUGGAAGAGGGGAUGACUGUUAUCGCUCACCUGCUUGAUAACCCAGCAGAAAGGAACUGUGAGAAGUCAGUGAGCCAACUGGUGGAAUUUCCUAGGACAGCAUCCUGCAGCAGCCGGGCUGUGCUGCUGCCUUUGCAAGGAGAGACUGCAGUGGGGAAAGGAGGGACUCUGCUUGGACUUCGGAGCAGCACUUUCCCCAGGACAGACCACCCCGCUGUCUCAGGGACUCCAGACCAUCUUUCAGAGGGCUCGCAUGCAGGGGCAGGAACCGCAGCUCUCUGCAGUGCCCCUCACACAGUUUCCUGGAUUGCAGAACCUUCUGUCCCUUCUUCCCCCCUGGACCAGUCGAGAGGCCACAGACGCACAGAAAUCCCUGCCGUGGGUCGAGUCCCCCCCCAGGGUCCCAGACUGCCUACUUCUCAGAGUGAUUUAUCCAUCAGCGGUAGGACUGUGAGCAUUUUGCCCUCCUCCUCUGGCUAUGGCAGUGAUGGGUCACAUUUACGUGGGCUCCAACCUAGAGAAACAGAACCUGAAAAGAGCUCCACAUCCUUCUCGGAAGAGGAUGGCACCCUUUCUUUGGAGGCAAGUCACACCCCAUUGUGGGGUCUGGAGGAGGUUAGGUUGGUGGGCUAUGUUUGGAUUUCUGGCCCUCAGACUUAUUAAAGUGGAGUGUGCUAAACAGUGAGGAUCUUGGUGCUUCUUCUCAAGCUUAUAUGUGCCGUGUACCAAGAGUUAGUGACUGGGUUUGGCAAACGGAGUCUAUUUCAGGUCUGCCCCUUGAUGCUUGAAACCAAGUCUUUUGUUGUCUCUGGGGAAUCCCUGAUUCAGAGUAACCACACAGCAUAAUUGCUUGAGCUAUCUGGCGGGGUAUCUUUCAAUGGCACUUAACUUUCUCAGGCAGGUCUGUUUAUCAGCUUCCCUGGUGCAAGAAGUUGUGAUGUAGUGGAAGGGAUGAGGGGAGGCCUGGCUGCAUCUCCUAAGCAAGUGUGGAAGACGUGGAGAGUGCUGAAGGGUUCGGGGUGAGGCAGUUCUCAGUGGCAGGAUUGUUCUUCCCUGGAGAGUGAUGUUCUUACGAGCUGAUGUAAUCGUGCUCCUGCAGGGACACUGCUGAUGACAAUACCCAUCCAAUAUUCGCACAGGUGGAGAGGCCUGAUCCUCCUUUGGUUCCUAACUCCAACAUUAGAGGAGAGGCACACAGAAUUACCUGAAGAGUAAUCCAGAGAGGCGGGUUAGGGUAGUUUGAAGGUUCGAGGCUGAAAAAGUUUGUGUUCUGAUUGGACUUGUUUAUGACUUUAACAAGCUUUUGUUUGUGAGGUAUAUAUUGAGGUGUAGGUGGCUGUAGUGUUGGUGGAGUGUGCUGUGAAUGCUUUUAGGGUCAAGGAGCAGGUAGGCAUUCAAAAGGUCUGGAGGCUGAGGCGGGGAGAGAGGACCCAGCCCGAGUGUGUAAUUGUAUGGGUGACUGAAGUUAUAAUUUGUUGAUUGAAGAACUUUUGUCGGCAUGUCAGCUUCUGCAGCAGAAGAAAUAAAAACUUUAGGAAACGAGAGCAGCAAAAGGUGGGAGAUGAAGUAGGGCAUUUUCCCUGCUACCUGUGGCCAGCUGCCCCGGUGUCUGCAGAGUGGAGAUGUAGCCUGUGUACGGUGCCCUGCUUACCACCUGACAGCAUGAGACUGAGCAGACACAGUCUCUUGUGCUUGAUCAGUGCUUAAAAUGUCCUCUUUGGGGAUGAAUUUGCUCCAUGGGUAGGCUCAUGUCAGCGCCCUUUGUUAUUACAGAGUUUAGAAACUCCCAACAGGUAGAGGCAAAGGUGGCCAUUGAAAAUAAUUAUUAUAUAUGAUUGGGCAAGAGGCCUCCAUAGGUAGAGAAUGUGUGUUGUGGAGGGAGGAAGGGAGAGAGAAGUUGGAGAGGAAGAAGGUGGAGGCUGGUAGGGUAGAGUGUGCAAGUAUUUGAGCUCUCGUCUUUGGAAUGGAUGCAGAGCAGCUUUGCUGAACUUUUGAUACCAUUGGCAUUAAAGUAGAAGUUUGGAGGCACCGUAAUGUUUUGGCACCGUAAUGUUAUAACAUGCUUAUAAUUGAAUGUGAGAUUGUCAGAAAGUUUGGAGUGUCAAAUUUUAAGGAACUCCUAAUGGAAAUCAGGUCUAGAUAAUGGACCAUAGGAGACCAUGGCACUUUAGUUUUGUAUCUCCACACUGAGAAGGGAAGUGUCUGAAUGGCCCUGUGUAGUCUCAGGGAGAAGAUUGGUGGGAGAAACCAUUUGGACCAUGAUCUGUGGUUCAGCAGUAUUGACAGCAGCAUGAUUCUUUGGCUGUUCAAUAUGAGACAAAUUGGUGUGUUGUAUUUUCUGGUCAUCCCAUUCCUUCUACCCUUUCAGAGCAGACACAGCCAGACCAGUCAGUAAGAGCCCAGGCUGAAAAACAUCAGUGACUGUCAGCUCAGAAGGCUGAUACAUUUCUGAGGCUCCAUGUCCAUCAUGUGAAGCAGGGACCACAGACUUUGACUAUCCUAUAUCACAGAUGGGAAGUAACCUCUCAAGAUAAGUGUGAGGUCCCUUCAGAAUUAAGGUCCUUUAGGCCAAGAGGCCUGAAACCCUCACUGGUUCCAACAGGAGCUGUCUUAAGGGAGCUGCUCCCUUACUAGCAGGCUGUUCCCAGGCCUCAAGGACAGCGGCAGCCAAGGAGAUAGAGGCGGUGUGCUCUGACCCCGCGGGCCUCCUGUAAAAUGUGGGUUGAGACUCUAGGCGAGAGCAUCUGACAGGAGUGACCGUCCCUCUGUGGAGUGUGAGAGCCCCGGGAAGACACAGAGUCAGAAGAGCAGCUGCUGGUCACACUCCAGCUCUUUCCUAAGAGGAGACAGCUGGCACCUCCACAGAAUUGAUUUUUUGGUUUGCUUUUUGGUGCUUGUUUUGCUUUUGAUAUGUCAAAGUAGUAACCCUCCUCGGGAAGCAAUUCAAGUUCCAGAAUGCUGUCUGUCGUUGGCAUAACUCAGGCUGUGUCGUCUCUCCUGUUGAUCCGCCUACGUCGUAUUGAUGGGCAUGGGACUAGGCUGUGGCUGGUUAAACUUCCCAGUGGGUUUUGUUUCUUUUCAGGGUAGUGAGAAAUGGAAACUGAUUCUUGCUGAGUGUGGGGUUUAGAUAGGAGAAAACAAAGGUCUACUUUGCUGUUCACGUGAUAGUUGAUACGUCCCUUGUCAGGAAAGAGUUAACGCAGAAAUAGGAUGACAGGGACCAGCUAACAAAAAUGGUUUUCAGAAUAAGUGGACUAGGAUUUGGAACUGGGUGGGAGUAUCAGGCACAGACCUUCUCUCCGGAGGACUCCCUCCCCCCAGCUGCCAUCAAUAUCCAUAAUACCUGGCUUACUGGAACAAGGAAAAUUACUGAAAACCCCUUCCCUCUCCCUGGCUUGGCUCCCAUGCCAGUCUCCUCUCCACACCGUAGGUGGGUUCUGUCAAGUGAAGAAUCUGGCUGUGUACCAGUGUCCUCACCACGAAACCUUAGAGUCCUUGCAGUGAAUAGUAAGAUAACAUUGGGGGCUAGAAGUGAUGAGAAGGAAAUUGGUUGGUAUAUUAUUUUCUGAGCUCAGCCUUUUCAGUUUACAAGUAUCCCUUCCCCAUUUCUCCUCUUUAAUUAUAGGGAGUUGUUUUACUAAUAUUGGCUUUGUAUUGCAAGAAGAAAGCAAAAUUAACCAGAUGAUCCUAUUAGAUAGACGUAGCAGUUAAAGUCAAAGCUAGAGCUUUAAGAAAGGACUCUCUUGUUUUUCAAAAAAUUACUACUGAAGAAUCAUCAUGAAUUUUUAGGUAUAACAUAGUGAUCUGGUUAUGUUAAAAAGAGUCCUUGUGAUUUAGGGAUGUCUGGCUGGCUUGGUCAGUAGAGCAUGUGACUCCUCAUCUCAGGGUUGUAAGU